AACCUCGCACACCUCGUCGCCGUGUCAGCGAUCGAGUCGGCCUUGGUCCCGUCCUCCCCGGCCGCGAGGAGGAGCUGAUCCAUCCGGUCGUGACGAUGGGGGAGUGCGCGUCGUGUGUGAUGGGCUUGCUCCUUCCGUCGCUGUGGGAGGCUGCGGUGGCCGUCUCGGCCGCGGCGCUGCUCGUCGCCGCGCUCUUCCUCUUCCUCUUGCCGGACCAGCACUACUCCGCGCCCAGCGCCACCGUCGCCACCAACUCGUCCGCCUCCUCCUCGCAUUCUUCCGCGACCGAAACCUGCCACCGUGACGCGGGCCGCGGCAGGAGCUGCGCGAGGGGGGAGGCGCGCGCGGUUGCUGCUGAUAGCUCUUGCUCUCGGGCCGCCGGCAGCCACGUAAUCAAGCUAGAGCUGCUGUCUGCCAAGUACCUGAUUGGCGCCAACUUGUACGGCAGCUAUGAUCCUUUCGCCGUCAUCUCCUGUGGCGACCAGAAGCGCUUCAGUUCCAUGGUGCCCAGCCACAGAAAUCCUCUGUGGGGAGAGGAAUUCAACUUCCUUGUCGAACAACUCCCGGUAGAGGUAACCAUAACAAUAUAUGACUGGGACACUGCAUGCAAAUGCAAAGUUAUUGGAUCUGUAACUAUAGCUGUUCUCAGUGAAGACGAAACGGGAGCUAGUUGGUACGAUCUAGACAGCAAAUUUGGUCAGAUCUGCUUGCUUCUUCGUUCAACCAAAGUAUUUCCGGCUUCUGAUAGCUUCUUUGAUGAAUGUACUGGAGAUGAGUCCCCGAGAAAGGUGAUACUGAAUGAGCAACGCCGCGCGAUGAUUGAGGGCAUUGGCCCGCUGCAAACCAUAUAUAAACUUCCUCAUGACGAAAUUGUUCAGGAUAGUUACUCCUGUGCUCUGGAAAGGUCUUUCUUGCACCAUGGCCGUAUGUACAUCUCCCUAUGGCAUCUGUGCUUCCACUCUAGCGUAUUCUCCAAACAAUUGAAUGUGAUUAUUCCAUUACAAGACAUAGGCGAGAUAAAAAGAAGCCAGCGUUCUCUUAUCAACCCAGCGAUUACUGUUCUUCUUCAUGGUGGUGCAGGUGGACAUGGAACACCUCGUUCAUGCAGCCAAAAUGGAAAGGUUAGGUACACAUUCACAUCAUUCUGGAACAGAAACCGUACAUUUAGAGCUCUAGAGACUGCACUACAGAGUUACCGAGCAACCUUCGAAGCUGAAAAGCAGGUGAGAGCACAACAAAGAGGAAGUAACAAUGUAACCAGUAGUAAGACAAACAGCAUAAAGACAGCAGAAAAAAGCAUUGAAAAGGCUAUAACAUUCCAACCUUUCAUCAACGAACAUGUUCUCGUAGAUGUAACCAGUAAUGCCUUCCCUGGUACAUCCGAGACGUUUUUCAGUGCCAUCUUAGGUGACAGUUCAAUGUUUUUCCAGCAAUAUCGAGAUGCAAGAAAAGAUACAGAUUUAAAGCUUAGCAAGUGGUGUGCCUCAGAAGAGUACGGAGGCAAAGUUCGUAAAGUGACUUUCAGGUCGCUAUGCCACAGUCCUUUGUGUCCUCCAGAUACCGCAGUAACAGAAUUGCAGCAUGCUUCUUUCUCAAAGGAUAAAAGAAACUUGAUCUAUGAGACAAAGCAGCAGGCACAUGAUGUUCCAUUUGGUUCCUACUUUGAGAUCCACUGCAGGUGGUCGCUAAGAACAACCUCCAGUUCGACAUGUCAAGUAGAUAUAAGGAUCGGGGUAAGCAUGAAGAAAUGGUGCAUUCUGCAAUCCAAAAUAAAAUCUGGAGCAACUGAUGAGUACAGGAGAGAAGUUUGCAAGAUUUUGGAGGCUGCCUGUAAUUAUGUCCUCAAAUCUGAGUUAAACAGCCAAGGCAGUGAUGAAAUUGUGGUGGCAUCUUCACCGUGAAACACGCAGAUGAAAAUCAUCUUACACAGUUCCAUGCACACAUACAAGUGCAGUGCAAACAAGUUUGCAAGAUUUUACAGGGUGAUUGUGAUCACAUCACGUAAGCUGGAACAGCGAAGCCAGCGAUGACAUUGUGGAGACAUCCAUGAAAAGUUGCAGUGGAAUGCCACCUGUGGAAUUGCACCCACACAAACAAUAAGCUUCAGACCAUGGAGAGACUCCUGGAAAUUAGCGAAUUGGUAUGAUUGUGUCGUUCAGUAUGACAACCAAGAAAUCAUAGAAGUGACCCAGUUUAACCUUUCCACUUGACAACAAAACAGGUCAAAGUUGAAAUUCCACAUUUCAAGCUUCAAAAGAAAAAAGAAACCCCAAACUUCCGGAUGGACUGGUGCAAUUUGACUUCCUGCGGUAGCUAAUGCAAGUUAAUGAAUUACUAUAACCAGUUCAUAUAUCCAAUUACAGGGAUCAGAAAUCGCUCAUUCCUGAAUAUAAAUCAGUUCCUGGUGACUGCCAGUUAGUUUUUUUAUUUAACACAUCAAACUAUAUUCGAUCAGAAAAAUUGCAGUGUACAACAUAACCUGAGUGGAAUC